AUGACAAACUCAGAAGCUUCUUUUGUGGUAUUCUCAGGCGGAUCAGCCUGUAAUUACAUUGCAAAUGCUUUCCAGACCAUCACCCCAAAUGUCUGUUAUAUACUUGGCAUUUCUGACAAUGGUGGAUCAACAAGUGAACUAUUGCGUGUCCUAGGUGGACCUAGUAUUGGUGAUUUACGAUCUCGAUUAACUCGUCUCAUCACAGUGAAUGGCAAUGAUGCUACCGAAUCCAUGGCUGUCAAGGACCUUUUAAGCUAUCGACUUCCACAUGAAGGAGAUGAUCAUGACAUUCGUGACGAAUGGGUUAUGAUUGUUGAAGGACGACACAGAUUGUGGGAACGUAUCCCAACUGAAAAAAAGGAAACAAUUCGUGGAUUUCUCGUCUUGUUCAAUUGCGAGAUUCUCAAGAGAGCACACAAACACUUUAACUUUCGGAAUGGAUCGAUUGGAAACUUUUUCCUGACAGGUGCUCGUCUAUUUUUUGGAUCACUCGAGGCGGCUGUAUUUCUGUUUUCCUCUAUCACAGCCAUUCGUGAACCAACCUGUGUUGUUCCUGUCAUAAACACUAAUCACACAGCCGCAAUAGCAGCUCUUUUAGAAGAUGGACAAGUUCUUAGAGGGCAAUGUGAAAUUAGUCAUCCAGGAGAACCGAAAUUAAACUGUGUGAUUAUGAAUCCUAUUGAUGCCUUCUCGAGGCUAGCCUUGCCAAACUCUCCAAACCAGACAAUCGGAGACGAAGGCGUCAAUAGUAACUUAACAUUUUGCAAGACAAGUGAAGAAAAAUUGUCAGCCCCUAUUCGUCGCAUAUUCUAUAUGAAUGAAUAUGGACAAGAGAUAUACCCUUUGCCAAACCACAAAGUUAUUGCUCAUUUGUCUAAGCGAAAGCACUUGGUGUAUUCUAUCGGAUCUCUUUAUACUUCUAUCCUGCCUUGUUUAAUCCUUCGGGGAAUUGGAAAAGCCGUCGCUACUUCCGAAUGUAUGAAGCACAAGAUUCUGAUAUUGAACGGUACAAAUGACCGUGAGACAGAUGGAUACACGGCUAUGGAUUUUAUCUGUACUAUCACGAAUGCAUUAAACGAGAGUCAAUUGGUUGAUGCCCGACACAAGUUUUAUGAUAGUCUUACGGAAGGAGAGGCUGCGGCACAUCAUCAAAAGCAUUCCGGAAAGCAACACCCUGACUUCUUUGCCCGCCCAGUCAAUCAUGGCUUCAGACAAUGGCCACCCCCGACACGUAGACCCCAUUUGCAGUUGAUGAUGCCACCAAAGUCUACUGUAAAUCGAAGCUUCUCUUCGUUACAUCAAGAGACAUACCCACUCACUAGCCCGGUGUCUGCUGUGGAUGGGAUGUCCUUUGAUUUUCCACCUGAUUUAGUCCCAAAUUCACCUCCUUCCACCUUCAUUACUCACUUGGUUUAUUUAUCUAAUUCUGAAAUUGGGGUUGACGUGGCGACAAUUGAACGGCUUGGCAUUAAAUGUAUCAAAGCCCAACCUGAUCAAAUGGCAAAGGAACCUCAGUAUAAUGCCGAUGAAUUACAAAAAGUUCUCGAAUCAAUCAUCAGUACAUAG